AUGUCUAAACACCAAAAGCCAGGAUCUACAGGAGGUGAUGUGGAAUCUGGAGAAAAUGGUGCAAAGAAACAAACUGAAGACUAUGGCACCUUCGGUCAAGUGUUGUACCACUUGGUGUCUUUCACGGAGGGGUAUGAACAGCAGGUGUUGUACUUGUGCAUGAGGCUCUUCGAGUCAACUAUGGGUUUCACGAAGCAGCAGCAGACGAUGUUGAUGACUGUGUCUAUCAUGUCGCGCUUAUGCUUCUCACUUGUUUGGGGGCUGCUAGCAGAUGCGUUUGAGACUAACCUCGUGAUGUCUGCUGGGUUAUUAUUCAUGGGAAUCGCCUCCAUUCUGCUAAGCGCCACGUCACGCUUCUCGUCGAUCCUCUUCUUGCGCUUCUUACAUGGCGCCGCAUUCGGCUGCAUCUAUCCAGUUCAGCAAAAGAUUAUCUCGGAUAAAGAUGAGGAUGAUGAUCGCAACAGCAGCAGCAGCACGUUCACGCGUCUACACGCGCUGAACUGCAUUGGCCGUAUGCUGUGUGCUGCAAUAACCACGGAGGCUGCUCAGAACAUCUUGCUGGGAUUUAUCGGCUGGCGUGUGUCAUACAUUGUGUUGGGUUACGUAUGGAUUUCGGUUGGCAUAGCGAUUGUUUUUGCAAUGCAAACUGAUAAAGAACUAAUAUCUCCAUAUAAAUCCAUAAUGGGGUUCGUCGAUCAAAUAUCCGGCGCUUUUAAAGCGGUUUUCACGAAUUGGUCAGCAUUCCUGUGUAUCUUUACGAUGUUAAUCGCGGAGGCCCCUAUGUGCACUUUGCCGUAUAUGAUCACGUACCUGGAGUACCUGGGAGUGUCUGAUAUGAAGGUCGGCAUUGCGAUUUUGGUAACGACCAUUGGUGGCGCGGCGGGGACUGCUGCUGGAGGAAUAGUUAUCGAGAAAAUUACAAGUUUGCAUACGGAUUAUGGCGAACUGAUUGCCGGAAUCGUCGUGAUGGGCGUGCGAUUAAUCGUUUGUGUGUUGUUCUUUGUGUCACCGGCGCCAGACGGACGUUUGAUGUGGUACCAUUACAUAGAGUUUGCGGUUCUCGGCGCGACAUUGGUAACCGUUGGCGGCGUGGAUAGACCUAUCAUGAGAAAGGUCAUCGAGGACAAGUACCAGGCCAGCGCGUCCGCGAUCAUCCAGUGCAUAUCGGGUAUCUCGAUCAGCGUCAGUUUCGUCGAGAUCUUUGCGUACGUGUCAGAGAAGCUGCAUGGUUACGCCCCGUCAACACAGGCAAUUGAUGACAUGGACGCGGCUCUUAAAGAUAACAACACCGAGGCCCUGAGGAAGUCGACCAUGUACAUGAUCGUGAUAGGCUCACUGCUCAACAUCGCGUGUUACGGUGCGCUGUUUGCCACUUAUAAACAAGAUAAGGAGAAUGUUGUGACGGAAAAUAAGGUAGAAUGGAAGGAAAGGGAGGCAAGGUUUGAAAAAAGGGAAGAGAUAAAGAGGCUAGUGAGUGAGAGAACGUUAGGGGAACAGGCAAUAUCAAAACUGCCAGAGGAUUCAGAUCGACUACAUAACGUGUUAGAAAUGCCUGUAUCAGAACCAGAAGAGGAAGUAGCAGACUUAGGGGAAGAGGAAGCAGCUACACGCAGGUACGGGAGAAGUGACAGCACGGAUGGUUAUCUAUCGUCAGAAGAAGCGAUACAGGAAUUUAUCCGCAGUGGAGGCAAAUAA